GCUGGGGGCGGGGCGGCGCGGGGCGGGGCGAGCGCGGAGCCGGCUCUGCUCAGCAUCCUCCGCCGCCGCAGCGGGUCGCGAUGACGGACGGGACGGCGGUGCGGAGACGCGGCGGCCCGCACAGGACGGAGCCCGCCACCGACCUCGGCCGCUGGCGCCUGAGCAGCGCGGAGGGGCGGCAGUGCUGGCGGCACGUGGCGGCGGCAGCAGGCGAGGCGGAGCGCGGGCAGACGGCGCUGGAGGCCCACUCCCUCGGCCUGGCCACGAGCCAGUUCUUCAAGACCUUGCCCAAGGCCUGCAGGGCACCGGGAGCAGCACUGAAUGGGAUGCAGUUUUACUCUGGCCUGCAGGCAGAGGAUGGGCACUGGGCUGGUGACUACGGGGGGCCCCUCUUCCUGCUGCCAGGUCUCCUGAUCACCUGCCAUGUUGCCAAGAUCUCACUGCCAGAGGGUUACAGAGAGGAGAUGGUGCGCUACCUGCGCUCGGUGCAGCUCCCAGACGGAGGAUGGGGCUUGCAUGUGGAAGAUAAAUCAACAGUAUUUGGCACAGCACUCAAUUACACCUCCCUGAGGAUCCUAGGAGUUGGGCCAGAUGACCCUGACCUUGUGCGGGCUCGGAUCAACCUCCACAGCAAAGGUGGUGCUGUGGGAAUCCCUUCCUGGGGGAAGUUUUGGCUGGCUGUCUUGAAUGUUUACAGCUGGGAAGGAAUGAACACACUAUUUCCUGAGAUGUGGCUGCUCCCUGCUUGGUUCCCGGCACAUCCUUCCACACUCUGGUGUCACUGCCGCCAGGUUUACCUUCCAAUGAGCUACUGUUAUGCCUCCCGACUGACUGCUGAAGAGGAUGAGCUGGUGCAGAGCCUCCGACAGGAGCUGUAUAUCCAGGACUACUCCAGCAUUGACUGGCCAGCCCAGAGGAACAACGUGGCUGCCUGUGAUCUGUAUACUCCGCACAGCUGGCUGCUGACAGUUGCCUAUGCCAUACUGAACUUCUACGAAGCCUACCACAGCUAUCACCUGCGCCAACGAGCCAUAGAGGAGCUGUAUGACCACAUCAAGGCUGAUGACCGGUUCACCAAAACUAUCAGCAUUGGCCCGAUUUCCAAAACCAUUAACAUGCUGGUUCGCUGGCAUGUGGAGGGAUCAAGCUCCCUGGCUUUCCAGGAGCAUGUUUCCAGAAUCCCAGAUUACCUCUGGCUGGGACUUGAUGGGAUGAAGAUGCAGGGCACCAAUGGAUCCCAGCUCUGGGAUACAGCCUUUGCUAUCCAAGCCUUUCUGGAGGCUGGAGCCCAAGACAACCCAGAGUUCAGUUCUUGUCUAAGACGUGCCCAUGAGUUUCUCCGAAUCAGCCAGAUCCCGGACAAUCCACCUGACUACCAGAAGUACUAUCGCCAGAUGAACAAGGGCGGAUUCCCCUUUAGCACCCGGGAUUGUGGCUGGAUCGUGGCUGACUGCACUGCGGAGGGGCUGAAGUCAGUGAUGCUGCUGCAGGAGAAGUGCCCCUUCAUAACAGAGCAUGUCCCUCCCCAGCGCCUCUUUGAAGCUGUGAAUGUGUUGCUGAGCAUGAGAAACUCUGACGGAGGCUUUGCCACGUAUGAAACCAAGCGGGGAGGCCGGCUGCUGGAGUUGCUGAACCCCUCAGAGGUGUUUGGGGACAUUAUGAUAGACUACACCUAUGUGGAGUGCACAUCAGCAGUCAUGCAGGCGCUGAAACACUUCCAUGAAGAGUUCCCUGAACACAGGGCACAGGAGAUCAGAGAGACGCUGCGGAAAGGGCUGGUGUAUUGUCGCCGGAUGCAGAGAUCUGACGGGUCGUGGGAAGGGAGCUGGGGGGUCUGUUUCACAUAUGGCACCUGGUUUGGCCUGGAGGCGUUGGCCUGCAUGCAGCACAUGUACCAUGACAGAACUGCAUGCAAGGAGGUGACCCAGGCCUGCCAGUUCCUGGUCUCCAAGCAGAUGGAGGAUGGCGGCUGGGGAGAGGACUUUGAGUCCUGUGAGCAGCGUAGAUAUGUGCAGAGUGCCACAUCCCAGAUCCACAACACGUGCUGGGCCUUGCUGGGACUCAUGGCUGUCAGGUAUCCUUAUGUUGAGGUUCUGGAGAAGGGCAUCAAACUUCUGAUGGACAAGCAGCUGCCCAAUGGUGACUGGCCUCAGGAGAACAUCGCUGGUGUGUUCAACAAGUCCUGUGCCAUCAGCUACACCUCCUACCGAAACGUCUUCCCCAUCUGGACACUGGGGCGCUUCUCAUGCCUGCACCCCAACAGCUCUCUGGUUGGCAAGUUGAAGCCUGGAUCCCUGGAUGGUGCAGAGACGGUUCUGGCUGGAGGAAAGCUGAACCAGGGGGUUUCCUGCACCUGAGUUUGGGCCCUCAGCAGUGACAGCCUAGAUGCCUACAGGUGUAAAUAUGGGAGGUUGUUAGGCCCUGCAGUGCUCUUCUACUGGUGAAUUCCACAAACUAAUUUUUCCUGUAGUCCUAGAUUGGUACCUACCUGUGUGUGGCUUUGGCUCCUUCACAGUCAGGUCCCCUGCCAGUUGGUGGUACGGGUCUUUCUUUAAUUUUUUUCCAAGAAUCCUUCUAUUCAAGGCUGCAUCUUUCAAGUAAAAGUGUCAGGACAGGCGGAAGUGCUUCACAGCUCCUUCAAACUCAGACGUACCCACAUCAUUUUGGACAGUACAGGGUCUCUGGGCUGAAUCUAUACAGUAGCAUUGGUGGUACUGUGCUACUCCACUUCUGAAAUUCCUGACAGCUGGGGAAUCUGUAUAGUCUUCUGAAAACUUUUAAACUCGCCUGGAAAAGCCAGGCUGGCUGUGUGGUGCUGUCUCUGCAAUGUGCCUUCUAAGUGCCUUCAGUUUUGGAGCAGGCAUGCAGGGAGUGGUACAGAUCCCUUCUCUCAUGGAGUUGGAGAUAACUUGCUUCUGCUGCUGUUCAGCAAACCCCUUCCUUCUCAGCAAUAACUAAGUCCUCAUCCUUAGAUCUCAAAGGAGGUAAGUGGCAUCAUCCCUAUUUUACAGAUGGGGAAGUACAGCACGAAGCAGUGAAGUGACUUGCCCAGGCUUGUCCAGCAGCCUUCCCCAUGGGAAGAAACCCCAGGCCUGGGCUCCUUUCUCUCUUGCAGCUCUUGUUACUUAUGUUUUUAGGAUGAAGCAUUGGAAACAUUCCUUCACACUGCCUCAUAGCCAGUUUUGGGUGUUGCAGGAUUUCCUCGUCCCAGUGAGGUCACACGGGGAGCAGUAGGGCAGGCAGCUUUGUUAACAUGAGCAAGGAAGCCUAAUUGAAUACUUUGCAGGCAUAACAACUGGCAGUAAUAGAUAAACUUGGGGAAUUGUGCCCUUGACUGGCAGGUGUGUGUAACUCCUAUACAGAACACUUAGUGCAUGACAGUCCUGUGAGACUGGGAAUGUCACAAGGAUCCCCAUGGAGAUUACAUUUGUGCACACUUUUGAUCAGGAGUCUCCUGAGGACUGUGAACUCUAAAUAUGUUUAACCUGCAAACACCAAGGGUGAAGACAUCUUCAAAUGAUGGUGGUUAAUAAAUUGCUAAUUGUGUUGCUGAUGCUAAUGUACUGUGUGCAUCUGAUAUCUUCCUGCAAGAGCUCUUUCCUGAGACCACACCUGACUUUCAAAUUAGGCUGAUCUGAAUUGGUCAGAGACCAUGUGGUGAAGCAGUGACUCAUUUUGGUUGUGCCAAGAUUUUGACUACUGGAUUACAUCAUGUUCUGGUAUGUUCCCAGAUUCUUACCUCUGGCCUAUCCUGCCAUGUAAGUAUGUGACAGUUAUCACAGACUCAUACCGGGCUUGGACCAAGGAGAAGACCAAAAAGCAUGGUUUAGUAUUCCCAAACACCUCACCAUUUUGUGAUAUUCCAAACAGAUUGAUCUGAACCCUCAAUUUAGAGCUGGUGUGGGCAAUUCUGUUUUCUCUGCAGGAGUUCAGUAACAUAUUCUGACCAAUGUAGGGACCUCCCUAGGCCAGGCACUGUUGAAGAAGGCCUCAGAGGUUAGGGCAAAGUAGGAGAGUGAUUUAUAUGGUAACUACAUGCUAAAUGGCCAGGACUUCUCUCUCUUGAAGGAGCUCCCAAGCUUCUAUUAGGCAGGUGCCUCAUGCCUUGGUGGUGUUUAACAGUGUAGGUUCUUUGCAGAUGCUGCUUGUUAUUGCUAAGUGUACUCCCUGGCAGAGGGAUGAGGUGUGGGAACAGGUGAAGAGAAUUCAGAAGGGUUACACACGGAAGAAGUGAGACCACACCAAAUCCACAUUUUUCCACGAUUAAGUAAAACGUGUGUGUGUGUGUGUGUGUGUGUGUGUGUGUGGUAUCGGUUGAACAGAAUGUUUUAUUGAUAUAUUUACUUUAAAGCAAUUUGGAAUCCUACCAGUGCCUCAGUCACUAUUAAUGAAAUAAAUUCUAAAUGCCUAUA